AUGGCGGCCACGGCGGGGCGGGGCUUGCCUGGGUGUGAGAAAAGGGCUGGCGGCCUCAGAACAGAGGAUCAUGUGACUGGGAAGAUGGCUGUCUUUCCCUGGCACUCCCGGAACAGGAACUACAAGGCGGAGCUGGCAUCCUGCCGGUUGGAGGCAGUGCCCUUGGAGUGUGGGGACUACCACCCACUGAAGCCCAUCACUGUCACUGAGUCAAAGACAAAGAAAGUGAGCCGGAAAGGAAGCACUUCAUCCACGUCCUCCUCCUCCUCCAGCUCUGUGGUUGACCCGCUCAGCAGCGUCCUUGAUGGCUCCGACCCCCUCUCCAUGUUUGCAGCAACUUCAGACCCUGCAGCCAUGGCAACAACCACAGACAUCUCCAGAAAGAAACGUGACAAGGACGACAACUCCAUCGUAGGCUCUGAUUUCGAGCCUUGGGCCAACAAGCGGGGAGAAGUCCUUGCCCGGUACACGACCACAGAGAAGCUGUCUAUUAAUCUGUUUAUGGGAUCAGAAAAAGGCAGAGCUGGGGCCUCGGCAUCUGCCAUGUCAGAGAAGGUUCGGACACGGCUGGAGGAGCUGGAUGACUUUGAGGAGGGAUCCCAGAAGGAGCUAUUGAACUUGACCCAGCAGGAUUAUGUGAACCGCAUAGAGGAACUCAACCAGUCGCUAAAGGAUGCCUGGGCCUCCGACCAGAAAGUGAAGGCUCUGAAAAUUGUCAUCCAGUGUUCAAAGCUGCUGUCAGACACAAGCGUUAUUCAGUUCUACCCAAGCAAAUUUGUCCUUAUCACCGACAUCCUUGAUACAUUCGGAAAGCUGGUCUAUGAGCGCAUCUACUCCAUGUGUGUGGACAGCCGAGGUGCCUUGCCAGAUCACUUUUCUCCAGAGAACGUGAAUGACACAGCCAAGGAAACAUGCCUGAAUUGGUUUUUCAAGAUUGCUUCCAUCCGGGAACUCAUUCCGAGAUUUUACGUAGAGGCAUCCAUCCUGAAGUGUAACAGAUUCCUCUCCAAAACAGGGAUUUCGGAGUGCCUGCCCCGGCUGACUUGCAUGAUCAGAGGGAUCGGGGACCCACUCGUAUCCGUGUACGCCAGAGCCUACCUGUGCCGGGUGGGGAUGGAGGUGGCCCCGCACCUUAAAGAGAGCCUCAAUAAGAAUUUUUUUGACUUCCUGCUUACAUUUAAACAGAUUCAUGGGGACACUGUCCAGAACCAGCUGGUGGCCCAGGGUGUGGAGCUCCCAUCGUACCUCCCCCUGUACUCGCCUGCCAUGGACUGGAUCUUCCAAUGUAUCUCCUACCAUGCCCCUGAAGCUCUGCUGACUGAGAUGAUGGAAAGGUGUAAGAAACUAGGCAACAAUGCUUUGCUGCUGAACUCCGUGAUGUCAGCUUUCAGAGCUGAGUUCAUCGCAGCCAGGUCUAUGGACUUCAUUGGCAUGAUUAAAGAGUGCGACGAGUCUGGCUUCCCCAAGCAUCUUCUUUUUCGUUCACUGGGGUUAAAUUUGGCCUUGGCCGAUCCUCCAGAGAAUGACCGACUUCAGAUUCUCAAUGAAGCUUGGAAAGUCAUCACUAAAUUGAAGAAUCCACAGGACUACAUUAACUGUGCCGAGGUGUGGGUGGAGUACACCUGCAAGCAUUUCACGAAACGAGAGGUGAACACUGUUUUGGCUGAUGUCAUCAAGCAUAUGACUCCAGAUCGUGCAUUUGAGGACUCCUACCCCCAGCUUCAGUCAAUAAUUAAGAAAGUUAUCGCCCACUUCCAUGAUUUCUCAGUUCUGUUCUCAGUGGAGAAAUUUCUGCCAUUUUUGGACAUGUUCCAGAAAGAGAGUGUGCGGGUGGAGGUUUGCAAAUACAUCAUGGAGACCUUUAUCAAGCAUCAGCAGGAGCCCACCAAGGACCCUGUCAUCCUGAAUGCCCUUAUGCACAUUUGCAAGACCAUGCAUGACUCUGUGAAUGCACUCACUCUCGAGGACGAGAAAAGGAUGCUGGCCCAUCUGAUUAAUGGAUUUAUAAAAAUGGUUUCCUUUGGCCGUGAUUUUGAGCAGCAGCUCAGCUUUUACGUUGAGUCCAGGUCGAUGUUUUGCAAUCUGGAACCUGUUCUUGUACAGUUGAUCCAUAGUGUGAACCGGUUGGCCAUGGAAACAAGAAAAGUCAUGAAAGGAAAUCACUCCAGAAAGACGGCUGCAUUUGUUCGGGCCUGUGUUGCCUACUGCUUCAUCACCAUCCCCUCCCUGGUGGGGAUCUUCACACGCCUCAACCUCUACCUGCACUCUGGUCAGGUCGCCUUGGCCAACCAGUGCCUCUCCCAAGCUGAUGCUUUUUUCAAAGCUGCCAUCAGCCUCAUUCCAGAAGUCCCAAAGAUGAUAAACAUUGAUGGGAAGCUGCGGCCCUCGGAACCCUUCCUCCUGGAGUUCCUGUGCAACUUCUUCUCUACUUUAUUAAUAGUACCGGAUCAUCCGGAACAUGGUGUCCUAUAUCUGGUUCGAGAACUUCUCAAUGUGAUCCAGGAUUACACCUGGGAGGAUAAUAGUGAUGACAAAAUCCGAAUCUACACCUGUGUCUUACACCUGCUGUCUGCCAUGAGCCAGGACACCUAUCUCUACCACAUAGACAAAGUGGACUCCAAUGACAGCCUGUAUGGGGGAGACUCCAAGUUCCUGGCUGAGAACAGCAAGCUGUGUGAGGCGGUGAUGGCUCAGAUCCUGGAACACCUGAAGACGCUGGCCAAGGAUGAGGCCCUGAAACGCCAGAGCUUGCUGGGACUCUCCUUCUUCAACAGCAUCCUGGCUCACGGGGACCUUCGCAACAACAAGCUGAAUCAGCUUUCUGUCAACCUGUGGCACCUGGCACAGAGGCAUGGCUGUGGAGACACCAGGACCAUGGUGAAAACUCUGGAGUACAUCAAAAAGCAAAGCAAACAACCCAACAUGAAUCAUCUGACAGAGCUGGCCCUGAGACUCCCUUUGCAAACCAGGACCUAACUGUCCUCCAGGGGCCCAGGGACUCAGGUACCAUGCCCAUGAAGACCAGAACCUGACUCUUUGUCCUCCAGGGGCCCAGGGACUCGGGUACCAUGCCCAUGAAGACCUACUUUGCCACUGUGCGAACUCCCAGAACUUAAAGAGUUUUUGUUAUUUUCACUUUUGUACAGAUUGGUUUAAGCUUUGACAUCCAACCUGGCUAUUCUAACAGCGAGGGGGGAAUUGACAGAGCAUUAAAAUCAAAUCAUGGUCAAAUAGCAGCAUCUUACUGUUUGUACAAGUAGCCUUCAGGUUCUCAGCCAGCAAGAGGGUGUUUAGCAAGGGGGCAGCAAGGAACUCUUCUGGAAUUCCCACCUUCAGGGACUAACAAAAGGCAGAUCACCCUGCUAACUCCUUUCCCAACGAAGAGCAAGACAUCUGGACUUAGAAUACAGUGGUUGCCCAAAGGAGAAAGUGAGGUCAAAUUUGUGACUCACUGUAGCUUCAGUGAAUGUCCUGGAACUAGCCUGCAUGGGGAUGCCCACUGGUGAUCCCAGCACUUUGAGAGAAUGGGCUUGUGAACUGCCCUGAGUUUCCAGCUAGCCCAGGCUAUAGAGACCCUGCAGUGCCCUUCCUGGAACUGAACAAACGAGCUGAAGGACCAGUUGUGCUCCUGACUGCUCUUCUUCCAGAAGAGCACGUGCAAACUCAUCACACUGUUAACACUGGCUGCGCUUCUCAGCAGCGUGGCUUUUCUUCCACUUCCUAUUGCUGGGUCUUGACUUGCUGCUGGAUGGCUUCCAGCUGCACUUUCAUUGGUAAGUAACAUCGGCACUGACUGCUGAUUCACAACCUGGAACUUACUGACCAUGAAAAUGCAUCCAAGUUGUGUUAUCAGCUGUGCUCUAGGCCAGCUAGCCCUGAUGGCACACUAGUCCCCCUAGCUACUUGGGAGACCGAGGCAGGAAGAUUGUUCUGAGGCUAGUCUGGGCAACACAUCUUCAAAAAGCCCAAACUAUCUAUGCUUUAAGACUGGAUUACAUUUUAUCUUUACUCCAAAACACAACUGAUUACUCAAUACGUAGCUAACCUCAAAAAAGUAAAAAAAGUUAGUUUAUACAUGUGUUCUCACUAAAUAGUGAAGGACUAGGGCUGCUGACUUGGGGCCAGUGUGAUAACAAACUCUACCCCAAGGACUUCUGUUGAGGAAAUCACCUUCAUAAAAGCCAGCAGCCGAUGAGGAUGUGACUCAGUGGUACAGUGCUUGCCUAUCCUGCAUGAGGCCUUGGGUUUGAUCCUCAGUACCACAUAAGUAUUGGUACAAGUCAUAUACUCAUGACUUAGAAGGUGGAAGCAGGAGGAUCAAGAGCUCAAGGUCAUCCUCAAUUAUAUGUUUGAGGCCAGUCUGGGAUAUAUGAGCCCAUCUCAAAAAAAAAUGCAACAAAAACUAAAAAUUGGAUGCUGAAGAGUACCUCUUCCCCUGGUACUGUUCAGGCUUCCAGGUGGCCUUUAUUUUACAAAACUUACCUGCACUGAAAUUCUUUUAUAUACUAUUAUAUUAAAUGGAAAUAACUGGAAAUUCA